AUGGUGGGUAGAGAAAACCUCACUGUUCUGUCUGGCUUCAUCCUCUUGGGCUUCUCGGAUGCCCCAGAGCUACAAACUACCAUCUUCACGAUUUUCCUAUCCCUGUAUGUUUUAAUGGUGCUGGGGAACCUGAUGAUGAUCCUGUUAACCAUCGCCGACCCCCAGCUCCACACCCCCAUGUAUUUCUUCCUCUCUCACUUAUCUUUCAUAGAUUUUUGCCUUUCCUCCACUAUCGUCCCCAAAGCGCUGGAGAUCUUCCUGCUGGGGAGAAGCCACAUCUCUUUUUUGGGUUGCUUUGCCCAGGUUUAUUUUUCCCUUGCUCUCAUCAUCUGUGAGGGUUUCCUCCUGGGGGUGAUGGCUUACGACCGAUACACAGCCGUGUGCAAGCCCCUGCUUUACACCACCACCAUGUCCAAGAGGUGUUGCUACGACACGAUGGUGCUGGUGUACACCACGGGCUUCCUCACCUCCCUGGUGCACACCGUCCUGGCCGGGAGGUUGUCCUUCUGCCGGGCCAGGAGCAUCAACCACUUCUUCUGCGACCUGCCCACCCUCCUGCGCUUCUCCUGCUCGCCCACCCGCGUCAACGAGGAGAAGGCUUAA